AUGGAAAUAGAAGAUGACGAUGCCUCUUUCAUAUUGGGAGCAGGCGGGCGCACGAAGCGGAAGCUGAGCCACGUGUGCGGCGCGGAACUCAACAUCGAAGAGCGCGCCGGCCGCACCGUCUUGGAAAUGCGCGGCAGCCCGCAGACGCUCGAGCGCGCGAAGCUCUACGUGGGUUUUGUGAUGCAGCAGCGGGUGGGGCCGGUGCAGCUGCCCGCGGACGCGGAGCGCAGGGACGACCUCACCAUCAUCGAGGCGAGCCUGCAUGCGCGUGCAUGCGUGCCGCACGAGUGCGUGGGCUACGUCACGGGGCGGAAGGGCGCGGGGCUCCGGAGCGUGGAGGAGGAGUGGAACACUUUGAUGUUCUUCACGGACUUGAGGUCUGAGAAGGCGGGACAAACCGAAAGACUCGCCAUCUUCGGAAGCCAACGAGCGCGGCGCGGAAGCGAGUUGAAGGUGAUGUCUGCGGUGGAGCAAAAGAUGCCGGGCUACUUCACGCAAAACGUCGCCGAAGGCUCCAGCCCCAACGAGGGCUUCGACACGGACUACGUGGCCAUUGCGGAGAAGGACUACUCCUACGCGCUGGGCCAGCGGGGCAGCACGCGGAAGAAGCUGGCGCGGGCCUCGGGGGCCAUUCUGGAGUACGUGGGGCGGAUCGCUUAUAUAUCGGGGACUUUGCCGGAGCGCAUGCGCGCCAAGCAGUACCUGCAGUGGCUCUGCAUGCAGCGGACCUCCUUCGUGCACGUCGACACCGCCGGCAGGGAGGACUGCGAGGUGGUGCAGCUGCCGCUGGACGCGGUGGCGUACGUGACGGGCUCCAAAGGCAGCAACUUGCGGCGCGUGGAAGAAGAAACUGGAACUUUUAUUUUUCUCGACGGAGCCCGCGGAGGCGGCGAAGAAAGACUUUUGAUUUUCUGCUUCGACCCCGACGCCAGGCGCAGGGCCCGCAUGCGCAUUGAAGACCGAAUCGACGAGAAGCUCUCCGGCAGGGCCAGGCCGUUGUACCACGGGGGCAGGUACCGGUCUCCGUCUCCGCGGCGGGGAGACUACGGGGGCUACGGGCGUUACGAAGAGCGUGGGGGCUACGGGGGCAGCAGCUACGGGGGCAGCAGCAGCAGCAGCAGCAGCUACUAUGGGGGGGGCGGCUACCCCAGCAGCAGCUACCGCAGCAGCAGAGGCAGCGGCUACCGCAGCAGAUCUCCCAGCAGAAGCAGGGGGGGCUAUUACAGGUCCCGCAGCAGAUCUCAAGACUACUGGAGGGGCAGAUCCAGAAGUCCUUUCCGCAGAGAAAGGUCUUACAACAGGUGCGGCUUCCCCCACUGA